AUGGCCUCGUCCGACGAGCCUCAGUCCCUCAGAGCCAUCUUCGAAGCCGCCGAGUCAAAACGAGAAGACGUCUACAACGCCCCCAUCGCCACCUCCCCCCAAUACGCAACAGACCUCUCCGCAGCGCUCAAGCUCUACGCUCAAGCCCUCGACCAAAUCUCCGCCGUGUCGCUCUUCUCCGCCAACGAGGGCAUCGAAGACGUCGCCACCACGGCGCUGCCGUACCUGCUCGUCGACUUUUACAUUGCCGAGCUGGUGCAGCGGACGCCGCAUCUGGCGCCGAAGCAGCGGCUGCAGGUGCUCGGGCAGUCGAGGUCUGCGUAUGAGCGGUUCUUGAGUCUGGUGGAUGGGUAUGGCCUUGUGAGGGGCGCGUAUAGGAAGCUGCUUGAGCGGUAUCGCGACGAUGAGGAUACGUUUGCGGUUGUUGCUGGCGCGGACAUGGCUGCGAAGAGGGAGGGCAAGAUUGCGAAUUUCAGGGCUGAGAAGGCGCUGAAGGAGAAGCUUCAGGUGCUGAAGCGCAAUCCGCGGUACUUGGAGCACGGCGAUGAGGAGCUUGUGCGCGAAGUGCAUCUCACGAGCAUAGAGUUUGCCAUCCACAACACCUUUCAGGCGCUCGACUCGCUGAACCGAGAACUGCCGCUGCUGCGAUCCGCGCCGUCACCAACCGCCGCGCCGUCGAACUCGGGCGAAGAUCCCACCGACACGUCCUUCCGCCUCGACCAGCCUCUCAGCCGAAUGCGCCCCGGCGGCGGCCCCAUCCUCGGACCCAAAGGCGAGCCCUUGCAGCCGUUCACGAUUGUCGGCUCGCGCGCCGAUAUCGCCCGGGGCGUCUUCCGCCCGGGGCAUAACCUGCCUACGAUGUCUAUAGACGAGUACCUCGAGGAGGAGCGCAAACGAGGCGGCAUCAUUGAGGGCGGCGGGACGGAGCCGCCGAGGCGCCAGGUCGAUGAGGAUGACAUGGAGGCGGUGGAUAUGGAGACGUAUAAGGCGAGGCAUUGGGAUGACUUCAAGGAUGAUAAUAGGAAAGGGUCAGGGAAUACGCUUAAUAUGGGGUGA